UAACAUUUUCCGCACGAGGUUUAUCAUCUGGCCCAGCAGCUGUUCCGAUGAUAGACCAUUUUGUUUGAGUUCCGCUAUCUCUCAUCGCGUUGGAUUGCGUCUGGGUCGCGACCUCUCUGCCUUUAGUCGCAGUGGUCAUGGGAGCGAAUUCGGUCUGCACAGCCAUUCCGCCUUGUGCAUCUAUAAUUUUGAGGCCUUCAAGCACCCAAUCAUAUUGUCCACCCUGGGUCCCACGGAAUGAGAUGAACAGUGUGCCAUCAUUCUUUAGUAUCGCAACGUGCAGUCCGAUGGCACUGAUGAAGAUGAUGUCUCUACUGUCCGACGCUAGCUCAAGGCUGCUUUGCCUUUCCGUUCGUGGCUAUAAUGCAAGCUUCCGGUUAGCGCCUGGACGUAGUACUUGAGUC